CUCUGCCUUUCCCAGAGCUAGGGCUUCCCCAACAGAGUGGCUGUGAUCCCAUAUCAAGAGUUGGGGCUGAGAUGGAGGGAAUCCUCGGGACCCAGAAGAGCAUGCCCUGCCUGCAUACCGUGCCUGGAAGCCCCGAGGCCCUGCCCUAACAGAGCCUCUCACUGCCAGUGAUUCCUACUCGGACUCUGUCUGUGUGGACAGCUCCUCAAGAUGAGCUACGGUCUCCAGCUGACCUUCGUGUGUCUGAGCCUCUUGGCUCCAAGGAUGUGCGUCCAGGGGAACCAGUUCAACAUCGAGGUCAGAAGAAGUGACAAGCUCUCCCUGCCUGGCUUUGAGAACCUCACAGCAGGAUAUAACAAAUUUCUCAGGCCCAACUUUGGUGGAGAACCAGUUCAGAUAGCACUGACUCUGGACAUCGCAAGCAUCUCUAGUAUUUCCGAGAGUAACAUGGACUACACGGCCACCAUAUACCUGCGACAGCGCUGGACAGACCCGCGGCUGGUGUUUGAAGGCAACAAGAGCUUCACUCUGGACGCCCGCCUGGUGGAGUUCCUCUGGGUGCCUGACACUUACAUCGUGGAGUCCAAGAAGUCUUUCCUCCACGAAGUCACUGUGGGAAACAGACUUAUCCGCCUCUUCUCCAAUGGCACAGUCCUGUAUGCGCUCAGAAUCACAACGACUGUGGCAUGCAACAUGGACCUGUCCAAGUACCCCAUGGACACGCAGACCUGCAAGCUGCAGCUGGAGAGCUGGGGCUAUGAUGGAAAUGACGUGGAGUUCACCUGGCUGAGAGGGAAUGAUUCCGUGCGAGGGCUGGAAAACCUGCGACUUGCUCAGUAUACCAUACAACGCUACUUCACCUUAGUCACCAGGUCCCAGCAGGAGACAGGAAAUUACACCCGGUUGGUCUUGCAUUUUGAGCUGCGGAGGAAUGUCCUGUACUUCAUUCUGGAAACCUAUGUUCCCUCCACUUUCCUGGUGGUGCUGUCCUGGGUUUCAUUUUGGAUCUCCCUGGAUUCUGUCCCUGCAAGAACCUGCAUCGGAGUGACCACUGUGUUAUCAAUGACCACACUGAUGAUUGGGUCCCGCACGUCUCUUCCCAACACCAACUGCUUCAUCAAAGCCAUCGACGUGUACCUGGGGAUCUGCUUUAGCUUUGUGUUUGGGGCCUUGGUGGAGUACGCUAUUGCUCACUACAGCUCCCUGCAACAGAUGGAAGCCAAGGACAGGGGGACGGCGAAGGAGGUGGAAGAAGUCAACAUCACUAACAUCAUCAACAGCUCCCUCUCCAGCUUUAAGCGGAAGAUCAGCUUUGCCACCAUUGAAAUCUCAGGUGACAAUGUUGACUACAGCAACAUGACAAUGAAAACCAGCGACAAGUUCAAGUUCGUCUUCCGAGAAAAGAUGGGCAGGAUUGUGGAUUAUUUCACAAUUCAAAACCCCAGCAAUGUUGAUCGAUAUUCCAAACUACUGUUCCCUUUGGUUUUUAUGCUAGCCAAUGUUUUCUACUGGGCAUACUACCUGUACUUCUGAGACGGCCUUGACUUUGUGUUUGCCCUAGGUCUCCAGCAGAACAAGGUCUUGAUGUCAAUGGAAUUCUAGGCCAAACGUGCUCUCUAGCACAGUGGUGCCAAAAGUGGCUAAAAUGACACUUAUUUCUGUUCAAACGAUGAGUUCUCAGCUGUUAAAAAUUCUAAGUUGUGUCGCAGUCCAAACAUUACAGGUUUUAUAAUGGAAACAUCAGCCUGUACCUCUUUCACUUUUAUGAAGGACAGCCCCAUGGAGCCUAGGGCUGACCGUGUACCCAGUGGCUCCCUGGUCUGAAUUUACCUCAUAUCCCAUGAGAAGAAGAUGGUCGCAUAUAUCAAGUAACCCUCAGGUGUUGGGGGUUGUUUCUGAAUUAACCAUGCAAACUAUGUACUAAACCUCUGUGGUGCUUAUAAAAUACAUUGCUGCCUAUUUAGGGAGUAAUGUUUUCAAGUUUUUGAUUAAAAUGAAAUGUGGGCUUAUGUCAAUUCACUGGUAGUCAUUGCCCUAACUCAAGAGUAGAGUGAGUUUUUAAUAAUGAGGAUUGUUUAGCAUUACAGCAGAAUCGUUUCCGAAUUCUAAUAAGUCCUCUCAUUGAAAAAUCACAUGUUAAGUGAAUAGAAAGUUAGUGGAUCGAUAAUAUAAAAUACAAAUGCCUUGUUUCUGAAAGAUCAUGGAUUCCCCAGACUAGAAUACUCUGGGUCUUCAUUCCCCCAUUUUAUGUGUCUUACCGUUUUACUCUCAGUGCACAUCGGUCCCAAACACUGCAGAAGCCCUUUUCCUACAUCAGGGAUGGAAAUGGAAGCAUUUUAUAAACUCAUUUGAGGAGUCUUAACAUGGACUCUUGCCAUGAAGACUUGCAGAAUCACCGUUACUCACAUCCUGGCGAGGCAGUAAAAGUACCAGGUGGACCCCAUCAGAGCGCCCUCUGGUGUUCUAUCACUUCUGAUAGCAACAGUGAGCACUACUUUGCCAGAGGCAGAUCCCCUGCAUCCUUCCAAGAGGAGCGUCCAUCCCUGGGCUCCAAUGACCAGGAAUGAUGCCUAUGAGAUAACAAGCCGCGUUACCCAGAUGCAAGCGGCUUAGCUCAAGUAGACUUGGCCUUGCUCAGAUCCCUGAUCCCUUUAGCUGUCCUACUUUGAGUGGCUUACCCUGAAGGAGCAGGAGGAUGCUGGCCCUGGGCCCUGAAUGUUCUCAAUCACCCAGGACAUGUUCCAGAACCUAUGUGCAGGCUGCAGGUGAGCUGUCUUCUCCAUGUCCAGCUGACCUCACCCUCACACCAGGGCCUCGGCCUCUGCUCCUCAGCCAGGCUCAGCCCACAGCUAAGUAGCACUUAGUAGCACUUGCAGGUGUGCCAGGUGAAGCCUCCCAUUGCUUUAGAGGACAUCGCCUUCUUCAGUUCUUUAGCUUCGUUUUCUAACAAAUGCACAGCUUUUCCUUCCUUUCAGAAACCCACCGCCGCUCUAGAAAACCGUUUCUCUUCCUCCACUUCCUGUACCCCUGAGAGCUCACUCCUUUUGCCAUUAAGACACUACUCACAGUUCAUUUUCUAGGGGUCUGAUCACCUGAACCUUUAACAAAAUGUUUCUAAUGGGUGGAGGGUGGGGUGAAAGAGGUGGAGGGUGGUUGACUGGUUCUAUAUAUCAUAUUUGUGACAUUUUUUUAAAAAAAACGUUUAAAAAUCAUUCUGCUCCGAAGCCUCAUAUAAGCUAUGAUAUAAGAACGACUGUAAAUAUGUGAAAUAAAUGCACCACAUUGACUACC